CCGUUUAAAGUCAAUAAUGAGACUUUACAAAGUUUUCAGCUGUCCAGCCAAUGUCAUCUACAACAUGUAUAUACAGGUACCUGUUGAAAUGGACAAUAUGAAAGGGAAAUUAAACGAGUUCUUAACCACAUCCUUAGACAUGUUAUUUGAGAAAGGAAUAAUCAAAGUAGCAAGAUCAACACUGACAACCACAGAUGAAAAAUAUCUAGUGGCAUUGUUCCAUCUCCCAAUACUUUGUGGCAAUACAAAAUCUGGGGGGAAGUUAAAACCUGGUCACCAUCUAGUGCAUGUCGUCAAGAGUUCAGAAAUUUGGACAGAUGUAGCGCAGUCCCACAGGACGUCCAGCGGUUUCUGGAUUUUACAUAAUACUAUAGGAAACAGAACGUCCACCAUGGUUAUGGAGAAGGAGGAUGUCUUGUUAAAGUGCUCAGGUGCAGAAGAG